CCUGAAACCGGCAAGUCACUUGCUGGUGUCCCGCCCCUCCCUUCUCUGCCCGCUGGCUUGGUCUCGCCAGAGCGUACCCGGGGGCACUGCCAGUGUGUGCGUGGUGCAGGCUAGACUCAUGGCUUCGCCUCUGAGGUUCGACGGACGUGUGGUCCUGGUCACCGGCGCCGGGGGAGGAUUGGGCAGAGCUUACGCCCUGGCUUUUGCAGAAAGAGGAGCAUUAGUUGUUGUGAAUGAUUUAGGAGGAGACUUCAAGGGAGUUGGUAAAGGCUCCUCGGCUGCAGACAAGGUUGUGGAAGAAAUAAGAAGGAAAGGCGGGAAAGCAGUGGCCAAUUACGAUUCAGUUGAAGCAGGAGAGAAGCUUGUGAAGACUGCACUGGACACUUUCGGCAGAAUAGAUGUUGUGGUCAACAAUGCUGGAAUCCUGAGGGACCGUUCCUUCUCGCGGAUAAGUGAUGAAGACUGGGAUAUAAUUCAGAGAGUUCACUUGCGGGGCUCCUUCCAAGUGACCCGAGCAGCGUGGGAUCAUAUGAAGAAACAGAAUUAUGGAAGGAUCCUUAUGACCUCCUCAGCUUCUGGAAUAUAUGGCAACUUUGGCCAGGCAAAUUAUAGUGCUGCAAAGCUAGGCAUCCUGGGUCUCUGCAAUACUCUUGCGAUUGAAGGCAGGAAGAGCAACAUUCAUUGUAAUACCAUCGCCCCCAAUGCUGGCUCACGGAUGACCCAGACCGUGAUGCCAGAAGAUCUUGUUGAGGCCCUGAAGCCAGAUUAUGUGGCGCCUCUGGUACUUUGGCUUUGCCAUGAAAGCUGUGAGGAAAAUGGUGGCUUAUUUGAGGUUGGAGCAGGAUGGAUUGGAAAAUUACGCUGGGAGCGGACUCUUGGAGCCAUCGUCAGACGGCGGAAUCAGCCGAUGACUCCCGAGGCAGUGAGGGACAACUGGGAAAAGAUCUGUGACUUCAGCAAUGCCAGCAAGCCACGGACCAUUCAAGAAUCAACGGGUGGUAUAAUUGAAGUUUUACAUAAAGUAGAUUCAGAAGGAAUCUCACAAAAUCACACCAGCCACGUGGCAUCCACAGACAUGUCAGGAUUUGCUGGUGCUAUUGGUCAUAAACUUCCUUCAUUUUCUUCUUCGUAUACGGAACUGCAGAGUAUUAUGUAUGCCCUUGGAGUAGGGGCUUCAGUCAAAAACCCAAAGGAUUUGAAGUUUGUUUAUGAAGGGAGUGCUGAUUUCUCCUGUUUACCUACCUUUGGAGUUAUUGUUGCUCAGAAGUCUAUGAUGAAUGGAGGGCUAGCAGAGAUUCCUGGGCUGUCAAUCAACUUUGCAAAAGUUCUUCAUGGGGAGCAAUACUUGGAGUUGUAUAAGCCGCUUCCUCGAUCAGGAGAAUUAAAAUGUGAAGCAGUUGUUGCUGACGUCCUCGAUAAAGGAUCUGGUGUAGUGAUUGUCAUGGAUGUCUAUUCUUAUUCUGGGAAGGAACUUAUAUGCUAUAAUCAGUUCUCUGUCUUUGUUGUUGGCUCUGGGGGCUUUGGUGGAAAACGGACAUCAGAAAAACUCAAAGCAGCUGUGGCUGUACCAAAAAGGCCCCCGGAUGCUGUACAGAAAGACACCACCUCACUGAAUCAGGUGAGAAGUUCUGAUGCAUCUGCUCUGUUAAGUUGGCCAUGCUGCCUGUUCUACACUACUGCUUUCUCAGAAGACACUGAGUACAGCGAUGAUUUUUCUCUGCAGGCUGCUUUAUACCGCCUCAGUGGAGACUGGAAUCCCUUACACAUUGACCCUAGCUUUGCUAGCAUUGCUGGUUUUGAGAAGCCCAUAUUACAUGGAUUAUGUACCUUUGGAUUUUCUGCAAGGCAUGUUUUACAGCAGUUUGCAGAUAAUGAUGUAUCAAGAUUCAAGGCGAUUAAGGUUCGUUUCGCCAAACCAGUAUAUCCAGGACAAACUCUACAAACUGAGAUGUGGAAGGAAGGAAACAGAAUUCAUUUUCAAACCAAGGUCCAAGAGACUGGAGACAUUGUCAUUUCAAAUGCUUAUGUGGAUCUUGUGCCUACAUCUGGAGUUUCGGCUCAGACACCUUCUGAGGGUGGAGAGCUUCAGAGUGCUCUUGUGUUUGGGGAAAUAAGUCACCGCCUUAAGGACAUAGGGCGUGAGGUGGUAAAGAAAGUAAAUGCUGUAUUUGAAUGGCAUAUCACGAAAGGUGGGAAUGUUGCAGCCAAGUGGACCAUUGACCUGAAGAGCGGCUCUGGAGAAGUGUACCAAGGCCCUGCAAAAGGCUCCGCUGAUGUGACCAUCGUCAUUUCCGAUGAGGAUUUCAUGGAAGUGGUCCUGGGCAAGCUUGACCCUCAGAAGGCCUUCUUCAGUGGAAGACUGAAGGCCAGAGGGAACAUCAUGCUGAGCCAGAAACUUCAGAUGAUUCUUAAAGACUACGCUAAGCUCUGAAGGGCACACUGUGCUGUUCACAAAAAUGGAAUAAUUAAAUACUGUCUACAAAUUACGCUCCAGCAUUCUGUGAGGUAAUCAACAAGAUGCAGCAGAAAUCGCUUAACAUUUUCAGACUUCAGAUAACUUUUGGAUUUUCAUUUUCUACUAAUUUUUCACAUUAUUUUUACAAGGAACUGUAAUCUAGCUAGCAAGUAAUUGUUCUGUUCAUAGAUCUAUAUCUUAAUAAAAAUUUUCAACCAA